GUCCAUGUCAGCCUAUGAGAUCGCUUCAAAGGAAGUCUCGCCCAGUCCACCAUCCCGAAUGUUUUAUCCAUCAUGUCCCCCGAAGCCAGCUCAAAUACACACACCCACCCUCCUAUAAUUAUAUACAGCAUCUCUCCUCACCAUCAUGACCACCUCUUCUCUCUCUAUAAAUCUCUCUCUUCCCUCUUUCUCUACCUCUCCUUCUUCUUCUGCUUCGUCACUGUGCGCUCCGAUUUCUCUGAAAGCUUCGUGCUUUAGCUCCCAGACAACAAAACCCAUUUCCUUGUUUUGCAAACGGCGGGCUGAGAAGCCAAGAAGAGAGCUUGUUGUGGUUAAGUCCAGCGAUAUGACUAUCAGAGAGGUCAUGGAAGAUGAGGAGGAGGGACCUCCGUUGCUUGACCCGGAUACCGACUCUAGGCCUCGCCGCAUUGUGCUCUUCGUUGAGCCUUCCCCCUUUGCAUAUGUGUCAGGGUAUAAGAACCGGUUCCAGAAUUUUAUCAAGUACCUACGUGAAAUGGGGGAUGAGGUGAUGGUCGUGACCACGCAUGAAGGUGUGCCGCAGGAGUUUUAUGGAGCAAAAUUGAUUGGAUCACGGAGCUUUCCCUGCCCCUGGUACCAGAAAGUGCCACUUUCCCUCGCACUUAGUCCUAGAAUAAUUUCAGAGGUUGCCCGAUUUAAGCCUGACAUAAUACAUGCUUCAUCACCUGGGAUAAUGGUUUUUGGAGCUCUGGCUAUUGCAAAACUACUGUGUGUCCCCAUAGUGAUGUCAUAUCACACUCAUGUACCGGUAUACAUUCCAAGAUACACCUUCAGUUGGCUGGUGAAACCCAUGUGGUUAGUUAUAAAAUUUCUACACAGAGCAGCUGACCUUACACUCGUUCCCUCGGCUGCCAUUGCUAGGGAUCUUGAAGAAGCUAGGGUGACGGCCGCUAACAAAAUCCGUCUUUGGAAUAAGGGCGUUGAUUCUGAAAGCUUCCACCCCCAUUUUAAGUCACAUGAGAUGCGAGUAAGACUAAGCAAUGGUGAACCUGAGAAACCAUUGAUAGUUCAUGUUGGACGACUUGGAGUGGAGAAGAGUUUGGAUUUCCUGAAGAGGGUUAUGGAUAGUCUUCCAGAAGCACGAAUUGCUUUUAUCGGAGAUGGGCCAUAUAGAGAGGAGCUGGAAAAAUUGUUUGCCGGCAUGCCUGCAGUAUUUACAGGGAUGCUAGGAGGUGAAGAGCUUUCACAGGCAUACGCCAGUGGGGAUGUAUUUGUUAUGCCUUCAGAAUCCGAGACACUUGGGCUUGUUGUUUUGGAGGCCAUGUCUUCAGGAAUUCCUGUGGUGGGAGUUCGUGCUGGGGGAAUCCCAGAAAUAAUCUCUCCAGAGCAGGAGGGAAAAACUGGUUUUCUUUAUAACCCUGGUGAUCUUGAUGAUUGCGUGAGCAAAUUGAAGGCUUUGUUGCACAACCGAGAAUUGAGAGAAGCCAUGGGGAAAGCCGCACGUGAAGACAUGGAGAAGUAUGAUUGGAAGGCAGCAACCAAAAAGAUACGCAACGAACAGUACAAUGCUGCCAUCUGGUUCUGGCGCAAGAACAGAGCACAACUACUCAGACCUCUUCAAUGGCUGGCAAAACGCCUUUUCCCAUCCCCAGAAGUUAUAUAAGUGAUGGGAAAUUGUCUUGGGGUUUUCAUUACUGCUUUUUGCCACCUUUGCUCUGGACUUCAAGGGAACCCUUGUGGGAUGUACGUGUGAUUGAUUGCCAUGCAUUCAUCUGUUGUACAUAAUGACCAUAAUUUGGUCAGAUGUGCUGUAUUUUGUGGCAUAAGCUGUCGGUUUAAUGUAAUAACAUUGGCAAGUUUUGAAGCUAGUGUUCCAUA